CACCUAAGCCACCCACAAGGGGGGCGUAGUCACAAGAGUCACCCACGUGGACAAAAUACUGCAGAGAUGUUGCAGUUGAGAGGAUACAAAGGCUCCUUGGCUGCCCUGCAAAGUGGAUACAGGUGGAAAUCCGGUACAAGUGCUAGGGAGCUUCACAAGUCAGCCAAGACCUUGAAUCGAUCCAGUCCCUUAGAGAGUAUUGAAAAACUGACGGUAGGGGAUCAUCUCCAUGGUUACACCGUAGAAGGUGUAUCCCCUCUUCCUGAGUUUGAUGCUACGGCUGCACAGUUAACUCAUGACAAAACCAAAGCCAAACACCUCCACAUUGCACGGAAAGACACCAAUAACACUUUCGGUGUUGGUUUCCGGACCACGCCCAUGGACAGUACUGGGGUGGCUCAUAUCCUGGAGCACACUACCCUGUGUGGGUCAAGACAAUUCCCGAUUCGAGAUCCCUUCUUCAAGAUGCUCACGCGAUCUUUGACCAGUUUCAUGAAUGCCUUCACUGCCAGUGACUGGACAAUGUACCCGUUUAGCUCUCAGAAUAGCAAAGACUUCAACAACCUCCUCUCUGUGUACCUGGACUGUGUCUUCUACCCCAGACUCAGAGAGAAUGAUUUCAGGCAGGAGGGGUGGAGACUGGAGCAUGAGAACCCGCAAGACCCAACCACACCUAUCAUCUUCAAGGGUGUGGUUUUCAACGAAAUGAAAGGAGUGUUUGCUUCCCCGGAAAGUGUGUUUGUGCAAGCCCUUCAGAACAAGAUCCUCCCAGGCCACACCUACUCCCACGUCAGCGGAGGCUGGCCCAACGACAUCCUUGACCUCACAUGGGAGUCCCUGAGGCAGUUCCACUCCUCUCACUACCAUCCCACCAAUGCCCGCUUCUUCACAUAUGGAGACAUGCCCCUGGGAGAUCAUCUCCAGUUUAUUAACGAGAAGGCCUUGACUGGCUUUGAGCUGGGAUCACAGAGUGUGGAGGUGCCCCUCGAGCAGAGAUGGACACAACCUAGGACUAAUCAGAUAUCUUGUGCUCCUGAUCCCAUGGCAACCGAUCCGGAGAAGCAAACCACUGUAGCAGUGUCAUUUUUACAAGCUUCGAACACAGAUCCCUACGAGUCAUUAGUUCUGUCCAUCCUGGGCCAGCUGCUUGUGGAUGGACCCACCUCCCCUUUCUAUCAGGCUCUACUGGACACCAACAUCGGCUCUGACUACUCCCCAAGUACAGGCUAUGACAACAGUACUCUGGACACUGUGUUCUCUGUUGGUCUCCAAGGGAUACGGAGAGAGGACGCUGAUCGAGUGGAGGAAAUUGUGAUGAAGACCCUCGAGACAGUAGCCACAGAGGGUUUCCAUGAGGACAGAGUGAGGUCAGUGCUACAUCAGGUAGAGCUGAGUGUCAAACACCAGAGCAGUAGCUUUGGUCUUGGACUCAUCACUUCUGUGAUGUCACCAUGGAUACACGGAGGUGAUCCAAUAAGUAUGACCAGGAUCAAUGAACACGUUGAGAGGUUUAAGGAGAACUUGAAGACAGAGGGCUACUUGCAGGAGAAGAUCAAACAACACUAUCUCAACAACAACCAUCGCCUCACAUUGAUCAUGUCCCCACAAGCUGAGUAUGAGGAGCAGCUGGCGGCAGAGGAACGGCAGAAGUUGGUUUCUAUGGUGACCGCCCUCUCCAAGGCUGACCGAGAGGAGGUGUACAGGAAGGGGGUGGAGCUACUAGAGGAGCAGAACAGCAACGAAAGUGCCGACUGUCUGCCAACUGUUGUCAUUUCAGAUGUGGACAAAGUGAUACCCCCCACAGAGUUGGACCACCUGCACUCAGGGGGAAUCCCCGUGCAGUACACGGAACAGCCCACCAACGGACUCACUUACUUCCGAGCCACCUCUAACCUCAGUAUGGUGCCUGACCACCUCAAGAUCUACGUACCUCUUUUUGCCAGCGUCGUCACAAAUAUGGGUGCUGGCGACCUUGACUACCGUGACUUCACUCUCCAGUGUGAUCUGUACUCGGGAGGGCUGUCCAUGUUCCCUCAUGUCUCGGCUCAUCACACCACCCCCCUCUGUUACCAUCAGGGUGUGGUGUUCUCCUCCCACUGCCUCAACAGACACCUACCACACAUGCUCUCACUAUGGGAGGAUGUGUUCACAAAACCCAAUCUAUCUGACGUGGAGCGACUGAGCACACUGGUCAAGAUGUCUGCCUCUAGUCUGGCUAGUAAUGUGGCCUCCUCUGGACACAGUUACGCCAUGACAGCAGCUGCUAGUGGUCUCUUCCCAAGCUGUCAGCUCGGCGAGCUCUUCUCUGGGAUGACUCAGGUGGAGUUUCUGAAAGAUCUGGCCAGUAAAGACGACCUCACUGAUGUGUUGCAUAACAUGGCCCUCAUUGCAGCCGAGCUACUCGACAGUGGGAGUCUCAGGUGUGCGCUUAAUACCAAUUCUGGUAAUUAUGACAACGUGAUGACGGCUAUGAAUGGGUGGGUGGACACACUACCUGGAUCAAGAACUGACAACCCAGGCCCCUCCGAGGAGAGUGAUUUCGAGAGAGUAUCGACUAAGAUGUAUUAUCAGUUGCCCUUCCCUGUUCACUACGUUGGAGCAGCUGUUCCUGCGGUGCCGUACACACACCCAGACUCUCCAAGACUGACCGUACUGGCAAAGCUCCUCAGUUCCAAGUUCCUGCACAGGGAAAUAAGAGAGAAGGGUGGAGCGUAUGGCAGCGGUGCUGUACAUCAGGGUGGAGUCUUCUCCUUUAUGUCUUACAGGGACCCUCACUGCCUGUCUACGCUGGAGACGUUCCACAAGGCAGCUGUUUGGGGGGCAAGGGGAGAGUUCACCGACCAAGACAUCACUGAAGCUCUGUUAACAGUAUUCUCUAAGAUUGACUCUCCUGUAUCACCAGGUGCCAAGGGGAGGGGAGCAUUCCUAACAGGGGUCACUGACGAGAUGAGACAGGCAUACAGAGAUCAGCUGUUCACUGUGGGUCGAGACGAACUACAGUCUGUCGCUCAAAAGUAUCUGAUCGACUACCCCACCCUCAGCUGUGCCGUUAUAGGACCCAAGAAUAACAAACUAUCGGAUGACUGGACUACUAAAGUAUUUGAUUUAUAGCCAGUGCCAUAAAAUUAUGUGGUUCUCUAAGUG